AUGGAACCCGCUGGGCGGAAGAAACGGUUCACUCAACGGUCUCGGAAAGGAUGCUUUGAGUGUCGCCGGGAUCAUCGAAAAUGUGAUGAGAGUCGGCCUACGUGUGGCCGAUGUUGCAGUCUCAGACAAGGAUGCACGUAUGGCCAACGGAUCUCAUGGGGUGGUCGGGCCUUUGACCGUUCAUCAUUUGGCCAGUUGAUGACUUCGGAAGAGUCAAGACGCGGAGCCGUGGACCAGGUCCAUAUUCUGCAUUCACAAGGCGAUGGUGCUGGUCAAGCGAAGCCCCCAUUCAUCUAUGGCACGGUUAAACCGAAUGCCCAUGCUUUAAUGACAUCCUCCAAGAAGACCACACCCCUACCGUUUGAUUACAUAUCCCUCUUUCCGAGACUAUCAUCCCCUGGCAAAGUCCUUCUCGACUACUUUGUCCACGCUGCAGAUUCGUUUUCCUGCGAUGAUGAAGUAAAAGACCAGUUCUGUGGAACCUUCAUCCAGAUGGCAGCCAACAACGACCCGCUGAUGGCGGCGAUUCUUGCUCUAGCCGCUGCGCAUCGGGUGAAUAUUGGCUUAGAGCAGGACAAACAAGAGCUGGGCGUUCUGCACCUUUCGGCUGUUAAGCAACUGCGCAUGGGCUUGUCAACAUCUGCGGAUGAACCUCUGAUGGCAGCUGCUUUAUUGCUAUGCUAUACCGAGGUGAUAUCUGGAGGUGGCAACGGCUCGUCCUGGAGGCUACAUCUGGAGGGCGCCGGUUCUCUCUUUGCGGCGCGUUGGCCUACAUGGACCAUUCAUUCCUCAGAUCAUACGAGAGCGUUCAUCUGUCAAUGCUUUGUGUCUCUUGUCGCUCUCGCCAACGUGUCAGGUCUUCCUCCGUCAGGUGCCGUCUCCGAGCGAGCCCUCGCCAUGGUUAGCCAAGAUGGGCCACGCCCGUACAUAGACAACUUCACCGCAUACUCAUCCGAGCUGAUGUCGGUUCUCUUCGAGCUUGGCUGGCUGAUUCGAGAUCGCCAGCAAGUUGCUGAAUAUUGCGGCACGAAUACAGUCGCGAGAAUAGAAGAGCGCUCUCUCCAUUUGCUCAACCGACUGGACAAUAUGACAGUAACAGCUUCCGCUGCAGCCAGUUCGACUAGUAAGAAUCAGAGGCAUAUCAAUGAGUUAUUUCGACAAGCGACGAUAUUACAGAUCCAUCAACGUAUUAGAGGCCUUCUUCCAUCUUCUAUGGAAAUCCAACGGCUCGUUAAUAACAUAUUGGCUCUCCUGUCAGCCUUCGAGAUUCAUCCGGGCCCGGGAUUCGGCGUUCUCCUUUUCUACCCGGCGUUCUCCGCUGGUACAGGCGCGGCCAAUCAUAGUCAACGGCAGCAGGUACGGGACUUGCUUAACAGUAUGGUCUCAGUAAUGGGUUUCAUGAAUAUCCGCCAAGGUCUCAGUCUUCUGGAGGCUCUUUGGGCACAUCGGGAUUGCUAUGGUGAGGACCACACUAACGCUUCCUGGGAAAACCUUGCCGCGGAAAACAUCGAUAUUAUUCUCUAUUGA